CACAGGCCCCAAGAUGCAUCGGGGCAGAGCCGGAAGCGGACGCGGAAAACUGGCGGCUCCCUGAUGGUUCCGGCGGCAGGGAUGGCAGCGAUUCCCUCACCGGAAGUCGAGCCUCCGCCGUGGGCCUGCGAGAAUCGAGGCACUCGCCGGCGUACCCAUGUAUAAAAGAGAGUUCACGGCCUGGUACCGGCGGAUGUCGGUAGUCUACGGGAUCGGCGCCUGGUCUGUGUUUGGCUCACUGUUUUACUACAACCGGACAAUGGCGAAGUCAUCAGUAGACCGAAAGGAUGGCUUAACAACUGAAACACCCAGUGAAGGAUCUGAACACCCAAAAGGAUUUUAUGUGGAAACAGUUAUCAUAUAUAAAGAAGAUUUUGUUCCAAUUACAGAAAAGAUCCUCAAGUAUUGGAAAUCGUGGACUGGUGGCCCUGGUGCAGAACCAUGACUGGCUGCUGAAUUCUGAAAACCAGGACUUGGUUCAACAUUUAAAUUUGAUAGUUGCCUCGAUUCCCAUUGUGUUUGUGAAAAGUGUAUGUAUUUAAAAUUGCUGUAAAACAUAAUCACUAAUAAUUGCAAUAAAUAUUUUCUUGCAGGAA